AUGGCAACUGCUUCAACAACUUUCUCGAGCAUUAUCGAAGGUAAGGUUUUCUACACUGAAGGAAAACAUCCUGUCUACUCACACGAUAACCAUGAGGAAAUAAUUCACCACUUUUCUUACUUGACUGACAUCAAGAAGUCAGUCCCCCAAAUUGCAGCUGCAGCUGAGCAAGGUUUUGAGGAAUGGUCAUCCUUCGCAUAUGCAGAAAAAGUGAAGAUUUUUGACAAAGCUGCUAUCUUGCUUACUGAAAGGAGAGACGAAUUGAUCGCCUCGCACAAGAACAUCGGAGGUCCUACAUGGUUCUCUCACGUCAACGCAGAUGAGUCCGUCUCACAAUUGAAGGAAUACACUGGACUUCUCUCAAGACCUACGGGUGUUGUAGCUCAGUCUAUUCACACUGACCUUGCACUUACUGUAAGACAACCAAUUGGCCCAGUUCUUGCUAUUUCUCCUUGGAAUGCACCUGUUGUAUUAGCAAGUAGAGCCAUCUUGGCUCCAUUGGCUGCUGGUUGUUCUGUUAUCUUGAAGGCUUCCGAGAAGGCUCCAGAAUCUGCCUACCUCAUAGUCAGAACCUUCAUUGAUGCAGGAGUACCACCUAAGGCAUUGCAAUUAGUAUUUAUCAAGCCCGAGGACAACGCUACCUUCAUUAGCUCGAUUUUGCACACUGGUUCAAUCAGAAAGAUCAACUUCACUGGAUCAACUCUCGUUGGGAAGAAAAUUGCAGAAGUUGCCAGUAAGUACUUAGUGCCAUAUCUUAUGGAAUUAGGAGGGAAGAACGUCUCUAUUGUUGAAAAGGAUGCUGACUUAACCAAGGCAGCUGGUAGUAUUAUCUGGAGCUCGUGGUCCCACAAAGGUCAAAUAUGUAUGAGCACAGACAAGGUUUUUGUUGAAGAUUCUAUAUACGACCACUUUAUUGCCCAAUUAAAAGAGCUGGCUGCGGAUAUCGUGAAAGACCCUGACUACCAAAUAUCUCAAAGAGAUAUUACAUUCAAAAGAAAGCUUGUUGAGUUGGUAAAGGAUGCCCUAGACAAGGGUGCUAACUUGGUGUUUGGUGAACUCAAUUCUGAUGUCAACAGCAGCUCAUUCAGUCCAUUGAUAUUAGAGAAUGUCACUUCAGACAUGUUGCUUGAUUCCACUGAAUCCUUCGGACCUUUGUUUUCUGUGCAUAAGUAUGCCAAUACGAACAAACUAGUCAAGGAAUUAAACAGAGUUGACUAUGGGUUGAAGGCUUCUAUUUGGUCCCAUAAUGUUUUGGAAGCCUUAGAAACCGCAAAGAAGAUCCAUGUCGGUGGUGUACAUAUCAAUAGUCCAACUAUCCAUGAUGAACCAACUCUUCCACACGGUGGUGUUAAAUCAAGUGGAACUGGAAGAUUCAACUCGACAUGGGGAAUUGAUGACUUUUCUAUCACAAAAACUAUUACCCUAAGCCAGUGA